GAAGAUUUGACAUCUCUGCUGGGAAGCAAAACACUGUGGCUACAUAUUGAAAGCCAGGAUUAGUCGCCUUUUCAUUUCAUCUCUCUGGCCUGGCCUGGACCAUGAGGCUGGAGCGCGGCCGGCGAGCUUCCCUGGCAAUCACUCUCAACUUUGUGGCUUUGGCUUUCGCCGUGUCGGCGGUGACCACCAGCUACUGGUGCGAGGGGACCAGGAAGGUGGCCAAGCCCUUCUGCUCCGGGCCGCCGGUCCAGAUGAAGCAGAUGUACUGCAUCCGCUUCAACAGCACCAACCUCAACGACAGCCGGCAGGUGCAGUACAUCUUCGAGACGGGAGAAGAGAAGUUCAUCCUCAGGAAGUUCCACACCGGGAUAUUUUACUCCUGUGAGCAGGCUGCGGAUAUGAACGGAUUUGAUUGUCGAAGUUUUGCUGAGAUUGCUCCUGAACAUCAAAGAGGCGUGCUGUGGCUGUGUGUGGUUGCAGAGAGCCUGUACCUGGCUCUGCUCUUCGUGGGCGGGGUUCUGAUGAUUCUGGAGCAGAGCCGCUGCUUCAGCGUCAUGAACAAGCUGAAACUCAGUGCCUUCGCCGCCAUGUGCACCGCCCUCUCAGGCCUUUGUGGGAUGGUCGCCCACAUGAUGUUCACCACCAUAUUCCAUCUCUCCGUCUCUAUGGGACCUGAAGACUGGAGGCCCAAGACUUGGGACUACAGCUGGUCUUAUGCCUUAGCCUGGUGCUCGUUUGGCACCUGCAUGGGCUCUGCAGUCACAACCCUGAACAGAUACACCAAGACCAUCAUAGAGUUUAAAUACAAGCGGCACAACAUCGAGAAGAACCUGCUGAUCAAGCAGAAGAUGAUGGAGCUGGGUCUGCCUGAGCAGGUGUGGAACAUGUACCUGACCGCAGCUCCGGCUGACCUUGAGGUUCUGCCAGAACCGCUGGUAAACGGCCACAAGCCUUCCACCGGAGCGCCGUAUGUGUUUGAGGAGGUGGAGCAUCCACCGGAGCAGCAGGUGGAGGCGUACUGCUGA